CACGCUGAUUUGUUUUGACGCCGGACAGUAGGACGGAGGCUGUUAAACCGUGGGGGGGGAUAGUCGGCUUUCGCCGUUAACGCGGAAACCAAAAUGUACAUAUGUGCCCGAACAUGGCUUCUCCUCCUGGUCCUUCACACGCUAGCACUCGCUGCUGUCGCAAGAAGAGAGAGGAGAAAUGUCCUUUUCAUCAUGGCAGAUGAUUUGCGGACAUCACUGGGCUGCUACGGAGACUCUGUGGUAAAAUCGCCCAACAUCGACCAACUGGCGUCCAAAAGCCAAGUUUUUCUCAAUGCAUUCGCGCAGCAAGCUGUGUGCGCUCCCAGUCGUACGUCCAUGUUAACCAGUCGCAGGCCAGAUACAACCAGGCUCUAUGACUUCAACUCCUACUGGAGAGUCCAUUCUGGGAACUACACGACUCUGCCACAGUACUUUAAAUCUAGAGGGUACUUCACCAUGUCUGUGGGCAAGGUAUUUCAUCCAGGUAUUGCCUCUAACCAUUCCGAUGACUACCCAUACAGCUGGUCCAUCCCUGCCUACCACCCGCCUUCAUUUCAGUAUGAGAAAGAAAAGAUGUGUAAAGGAGAGGAUGGCAAACUCCAUGCCAACUUACUGUGUGCAGUGAAUGUUACGGAGCAGCCUGGGGGAACCCUCCCUGACAUGGAGAGCACAGAUGAAGCAGUGAGGUUACUGAAGAGCCGGGCAAAUGACGAUGCUCCUUUCUUCUUAGCUGUGGGCUACCACAAACCACACAUACCCUUCAGGAUACCACAGGACUACCUGGGCCUGUAUCCUAUAGAACAAAUGACCCUGGCCCCUGACCCUGAUGUUCCCAAAUUCCUUCCUCCUGUGGCCUACAACCCAUGGAUGGACGUGAGAAAGAGAGACGAUGUCCAUAAAUUAAACAUUAGCUUUCCUUAUGGACCAAUUCCUAAAGACUUCCAGCUACGUAUCCGUCAGCACUACUAUGCCGCUGUGUCUUAUAUGGACGCUCAGGUUGGGCGGCUGCUCAGUACUCUUGAUGAACUUGGGCUGGCUGACACCACUAUGGUGGUGUUCACCUCAGAUCAUGGUUGGUCAUUAGGAGAACACGGUGAAUGGGCUAAAUACUCUAAUUUUGAUGUGACAACACGUGUCCCUCUUAUCUUUUAUGUUCCUGGCGUCACCGCGUUCCGCGAUUGGCUGGGAGAGUAUACUUUCCCCUUUAUUGAUGUCUUAACCCCAUCAGAGCACAUAUUUAAGUAUGACAAAGUUACGAGAAACGUGGUGGAGUUGGUGGAUGUUUUUCCUACAGUGUCCUACAUUGCUGGCCUCAGAGCACCUGGACCUUGUCCUGACAUUUCUUUCCAGGAGGAGCUGUGUACAGAAGGAGACAACCUGGCCUACACUUUCCGACACAGAGAGAGAGGAAAGAAUGAGGAAGCAAUAUCUUUCAGCCAGUACCCUCGACCUGCUGAUACGCCACAGGUGAACUCUGACCUCCCUGACCUUAAAGACAUAAAGAUCAUGGGUUACUCUCUACGCUCCUGGGACUACAGAUACACUCUCUGGCUGGGAUUUGACCCUAAAACAUUUCAGGUGAAUGUAUCUGACGUCCAUGCUGGAGAGUUGUACAUGUUAGCAGAUGACCCCGGGCAGGACAAGAACGUCUAUAGUGACUCUGACCACAGUAUGACAAUGAAGAUGGCCAGCCUGCCUCAUACUGUGAGUCUGCAGAUGAGAAUGAAGCUGCAGCUCCUCUACCUCACAGCAGGGAUGAAAACGAAUAGAGGGAAGGCGUGAUGCCAAAUAAAAUACAACAGUUGGACAGACGGGAACAAGCACAAAGGGAAGAUGGAUGGAUGAAAAACUUUAUCUACACAGGGAGAAUGCCUUGGAUAUUUCUUUUAACAUAAUGCAUACUUGAUUCAGUAAUCUCUGGUAUCACCAUUAAUCUUUUAAGCUCAGUUCUUCAGGCUAAUGUUCCAUGUUAAGAACUCAUUAGCAGUCAGACCUGGACUGAGCACAUCAGCGAGGUGAAUUUAAAAAAAAAAAAAGCAUUUGUGGUGUUAGUU